AUGUGGGGGCAACCUGGUCAUGAGCUCGACGAUCGACAAGAAAUGAGAGAUCUGCAGGAAGAACGUGCUAGCGCUAGAGCUAUACCUGUCUCAUCACAAGAGAAGAUCCUGAAACUAGGGAGUGAUCCAUGGGAAAACUACGAGGAAGAGGAACGAAGUAAGGGAAAGAAGACACGAAAAGGGGAGCGACAAGAAAAACAAGAUCGUGAAGGGGAGUUAAGGAGACUACUGAUAGACGCGAGGUGUGAAAACCAAAGGUUGAGAUACAUGGAACGGAGGGCACGAGAAAGUGAAGAAAGACGAGAAAGCACCUAUGAAGCGCAGGGAAGGACACUAAACCGAGAGAUCUUAUAUGAGCUACGAGGUGUGAGGAUGGAGAUGGAAGUUUCACGAAGAGAAAGGCUAGCAGAGCAACCAAGGGAAGAUGUAUUAAGGGAGCUUAAACUGCUUAAUCAAAGUUCGGUGCGAGAGGAGUCACAAUAA